AACUAGACAAUGAAGCUAUCCAAGACGUUCUUUAUCUUGUAAGUGAUGAAACAUUUCAUUUUUAUGAUAGACAGACCUGGGGAAGAAUGUCAAAACAUAAUUUAGAACGUGAUAAGAUGAAUGACGAUAAUGAUUGGUUAAAUCCUGGUCAACGGGAUGAUAUGUUGGAUCAAGCAUAUAAUUGA